CUUUGGUUUUCCCUCACAUCUGACAUUCUCCUUCGCUUUACUUUCCCUCUCCUCUCCAUGACAACCACAUACCAAUACACUUUUCCACUUGCAUUCCACCCGCAGCUGUAGUCUCACUGCCGUCUCCAUCUUAUCUUCCGUCUUCUCUCUGCUCACCUUACCCACAUCAAAGUAGCGCGUCUGUGUGUGUGUCUGUCUGUGGCAUAUCUGGAACUCCAAGCAUUCCAGUCUGCCCACCAACCACCACCACCACCCCGAGCCGUCCUCGUACAUUCCAGCGCAGGCCUUCGCCAGGCCCCAGAGCGGAUCCUCGACACGCAGCGAGAAGCACACCACCACAGUCCCCCACGGCCCUGAUCGCACCGUCUGCCAACUGGCCCGCCAGGGCGCCCUCGACGUCCCUCCGGCUCUGCACGGAGAGGUCGGCAUAGGGGUCACCAGCGGAGGAGGUCACAGGUCGGCGACGGCAACAUGGCGAACGAGAGGUUCAGAGUAGGGUGGUACCGAUUCGUACCAUUCCUCGGCUACCACCAUGUGUUGAUGAUAUUAAUAGCGAUAGCAAUUAUCCUGCUAUCCCUCCUCCUCGCAGGCUGCUCGUCAUCGAGCCCGCUCAUCCCAGACAUCUUCCUGAUAUCGCUCUACUACGACGACUACACCCCACACCCGGACACCUCGCAGGUCAACUACGCCGCCUUCAGCAACAUCCACUCGCUCGCCGGCGACGCCCACCUGCAGGCCCGCGUCGGCUACUUUGGCAUCUGCAUCAACCCGGACGGCGGCUCCUGGCUGUGCUCCAACAACGCCACCUCCCUCGCCCAGGAGGUGAGCGUCGACCAGGACCCCCUCAACCUCAUCUGGCUGGCGAGCCAGUUCAAGGACUCGAUCGUCUUCCCUUACCUCAUAAUCAUCGCCAUCAUCUUCGCCUUCAUCUGCUUCCUGCUCCUCGCCACCUUCCCUGGCUGGCACGAGGAGGAGGACAGCGAGGGCUCCGACCGCGAGGUCAAGCCCUUCCCGUCCCGGCCCGUGUCCCAGGUGGCCCUCGCCAUCAUCUUCAUCGCCUCCAUCUUCGUGCUGGUCUCGGUGCUGUGGCAGCACACCGCCUCCGUCGCCGCGUCCACCAUCGCAGAGGACUUUGCAAACGGCAGCGUCAAGUCGGGCGUCGGCACGAGCGCCAUGGUCCUGGGCUGGUUCUCCUUCACGCUGCUCAUCAUCGUCACUAUCGGCCUGCUGGUCAUGAUCCUCAGCAUACGGGUGCUGAGCCAGCUGGCUGACUAAGUCGAAGCGGUCGAUAUCUGGAUGGUGUGUGUUGUCGGGUAGAAUUUUUCUUUUUUUCCUCCAGCCGUUAUAUUUUUGGUGAAAGAAAUCACAGGGCAAUGGAGGAGGCAGGCUAGGAUUAGGAUAAUGGCAUCACCAAUGGAGAUGAUGCUUUUGGAAGGAAGAUGUGUUACUACUACUACCAUGAUGGAAAUGAUUUCGAUAGAAACGGGUACGGAAUAUGGAUAUCCCCCACGCCCCCAUCCCCUUCUUAGGAAGAAGGGGAGGGGGGCAAAGAGAGAGAAACCAAAAAAAUGUCAAAAGGAUCGAUCGGUCGUCCCACAUUCGUCCCCAAUCAGCGCCAUUAUACCCGUCUCUAUUUCUGCGACGACGCAACGGCGAUCACGAAUCUCAUCUCCAACAUUCGACGCUCAUGCGGUAUAUAUAAUAUGAUACGAACGGGGGACACAACGACCAACGAUGGACAGCAUGGCCAGGCCGAGCUGGGAACUCGCCGGCCAGGGCAGGCCGGGGCAGGACUGCAUUGGAACGGACGAUGGUCGGGCGGUCAGGCGGUAUCGGCGGGAAGGGAUGCGAAUGUGGAUAUGGAUAUAUAUACAUACAUGUACAUGCAAUGCAACAGGAACAAAUCUGGCUCUA